UUUGCAAAGACCACUUGCCUAACACAACUCUGCAACGGCUGUGCCUGUACAUACAAACAGCGGCAUUUUUCUGCUUCUUCUUCUACAUCUCUGGGAUUCUUCCAUCCAAAACCACUGCUUCCCAUCAAUGGGGUCUAUGCUCGGCGAUUGGCCUUCCUUCGACCCUCACAACUUCAGCCAACUCCGACCCUCUGAUCCUUCUAAUCCUUCAAAAAUGACGCCUGUCACCUAUCAUCCCACUCAUGAUCGGACCCUUCCACCCCCUAAUCAAGUGAUAUCUUCAGAAGCCAAAAAUAUACUCCUUAGACAUUUCUAUCAGCGUGCUGAAGACAAGCUGAGAUCAAAGAGAUCUGCCUCUGAAAAUCUGGCACCAGAACAUGGAAACAAGCAUCCGAGGGCUACUGCCUCAGAUAUGCCUCCGAACUGAGCUCUCCAACUGUUGUGUGAGGACUCUAGGGUUUCUUUUGUAUGCCUGUGUAAAUAUUCCCGUCAUCAUAUGACAAAUAUGUGUGUCCCUACUCCCUUGUAAGUGGAAGGGAACUUGUUUGCUCAUUGGUGUAAACCUAGCAAUACUGUACAUUUUGCUUGUAAAAACUACAGUUGGUCAUCACCCCAUUUUCAGGCCGUUCAUGCAUUCUCAUCCCAUGCCACAGAAACGGAUAGGCUUUGUAUUGCGUUCAUAUGUAUCUGAAUAAUACUCUGAAACUAUGUUUCAUGGCCAGGUCAUGAACAGAGAACUGCCAAUUUUUUUUCUUCCGUUA